AUGGCAAACGCAUCAACAGCUGAAGGCGCCGCUUUGUGGUGUUUCAACGUGGACGCGAGAAAACAAGAUCAACUCACGGGAACGACGUCCUCGAACGCGUUUAAACACGUCCGAUUGCUUUUGAAAAAUGCAAUCAUCUUUCCCGAGCAGCGCGCUGGUGAUGAAGAGGCACUGGAGCGGAUGCAAAAAGCCGAGGCGUGCGCAAUCACCUCCAGCUCUGAAUUCAUCUUACGAUUUGGAAGCGAAAACGAGAAACACAAGCACUACCGAGACGUUUCGUUCGCGGACAUCAAGAAAGUCUUCGGGAAAAUGAUCCGAGAAGGGAAACUGACUUUGCAGCUUGGAGGAGGCCAAGGAGGAGGAGGAAAGACGACGAGCGCGGGAGAACUGUUGUUGUGCAAAGGAGACACUAGAGAGUGCACCCGAUUGUUGAAACUCAUCACGACGAUGAAAUCAGCGCCAGCGGCCGAAAAAGCGACAUUUUUAUCCUCCAUAGGGAAGUGUUCGUGCUGUCAGAGUAAGCGCGCUUUGAAGGAGAAGAAGGAGGAGGAGCGCGAGGUGAAAGCGAAAGAACGCGAACGCGCCAAGGAGGAAGAGAAGAAACAAAAGAUGAUGAAACAGGAGGAGAAGAAAGAGGAGAAGGUACAAGAGAAGAAGACAGAGUUGGUACAAAAGCUGGAAACUUUGGAGUCGUAUCGGGAGGAGAUUCGGAUGAAGACGGAAAAGUACGCGGAGGAGAGAGAACAGAUGAAAGCGAGCAAGAAGGCGGUGAAGGCGUUGCAGGAGCAAAUCGAAGAUGAAAGAAGAAUGUACGCGAAAGAGAAGAAAGAUCUAGCGACGGAAAAAGAGGCGAUGGAGACGGAGAGGAUGGCGAUGAACGUGGAACGGUCUCGGUUGAACGCGAAGAUUGAGGAGAAUAAGGAGUUGAAGAUGAGAGUGGAGAGGGAGAGAGAGGUGGUGGAGGAGAAGCAAAGAGAGGUGGAAAAGUUACGAGCGGAGAAAGAGGAGUUAAUUGGGAACUUGGAAAGAGAAGUGGAAGAGUUGAAACAAUCGAGGAAAGAUGUUUCGCGCUCGACGCCGGGUGGUUCUGGUGGUGGAAGCGCGAAGAAGAAACACAAAAGCAGAGUAGCCGGCGACGAGGAAGAAACGCCGCCUGUCGCAGAUUUUGAAGAAAACAAGAAGUUUCCGAAACCGGAACGAACUUCGACGGAUUCUUUUUACAGCGGCAACAACAACGACGAAAACAACGAAAAAACGUUCAAGAGGAAAGCGCCGGCAUCGGCGGCGACGCCAAACAAGAAACCUUCGCCCGAGAAGAAAUCCUCGCAAAGGAAAGUUGUCCUCGAGGACGACGACUCUUCUUCCGAGGAUGCCACGCCGGAGAAGUUUGAAAGUAAAAACGAAAACGUAGAAACCGAGGAAGACCGAGAAGCCGCGCGAGUCGUCGCAGAAAAUGAAGCGAGAGUGAAAAAAAUGCGAGAAGCGGAACUCGAGCGUCAACGAAUGGAGAAAGAACGCGAGGAAGCCGCCAAGGCGAAAAGAGUUCGAGCGCGAGCGCCGAAAGGCGACGCCGAGCGACAUUUUUUGAAAAAGUCCAAGGAGGAAAUCCAAGAUGAAAAGUUGCAAGAUAAAGAGCACCAGAGAAGACGACAACAAUUAGCCGCAGAAUCGAAGCAAAAAUCGAUAAUGUACACCAAAGCGACGGCGAAGAGGUGGGAGUACGAGGAGCACAGAAAAGCGUUGGAAUCCAUGAAGGACGCGAACGAAAACUCCAUGAGGUACGGUUCGAUACCGUGGCCGCCGGAAUCGAACAUUUUUCUCUUCAACGUCAUGGACGACGCGAACGAGAGGAAAAUGAAAGUGAACGUGGCGCUGAAGUUUUGGCACCCAGAUAAGUUUAGGCAAAUGUUUGGCGACAAAGUAGCCGAGGCAGACAAGGAGAAAAUUUGGGAGAGAGUUCAAUCUUUGAGCACCAAAUGCAUCCAAUACAAGACGGCGGCAAACGCGAGGGGCUAUUAUUAA